CCAGUUCAAAUGGCAGCUGCUGCGCCAACCGCUCAGCAAGAUCAUUUCUACUAAACAAAUGCGAGAAUGAGCUUACGAGAAGAUGAAGAGGCAGUCACAGCAGCAGCUGGAACUGCUAGACGACAAGCAGCGUCAGUCUAACGAAAGAAAGUAACGCUUUGGAUCGCGUAUUUCGCGUUCGUCAUUCGUUGCGUGCACACGUGUUCUCGGCUGCGUCUCGCUAAUAACCGUUAUUGUCACAACAAGUGUGUUACCACACUAACUGAUAUACAGCUGCUGAAUCUGGCAGUAUUUUGGUAGACACUGGACGAACAAGUGCAGUUAGUGUUUGCAGACAUAAAAAGAAACAACAGCAACAAUAAGAUAAAAAAUAAAAGAAAUAAUACUUAAAUAGUAAAAAAGUAAGUGUUGAAGAGCAAGUGGUGCUGAACGCACAAGCAACCGACCAACUGAGUGGUCAACCAUUCAGAAAACACAGAAAGAAUAAUCAAACAGUCACAGAGCCAACAAAGGCGCUCCACUUCUUGUGCUGGCGAAAGACUGCUGGCUGUUGACUUGUUGGCGCAUAACUGUUUUUUUUUCGUUGUGGUGUAUGUGUGUCUGGUGUUGUUGUGCAGACUAAGAGCAAAAAAUAGCGAAUUAAAAGAAAAAAUAUUAAUAAUAAAAAAACGAGUUGAAAAAAAAAUAUUUAAAAAAAAUAAUUAAAAGAUGUAAAAAUAUUAAUGUUAGGUUGAAAGAAUCGCAUAAAAAAAAGAAAAACCAUAACAACAAACUAAUAGUGAAGUUUAUCGCCACAAAACAUUAAAACAUUUACAAUCUCGGUAAUCAACACCAACCAGCAAAAAAACCGCAAAAUCGCCAACACCAUCUCGGUGAGUCAACGAAGCAACUCUGCGUUCGAGCCUAUCCUGUGUUGCUGUGCGCUGUGCCGUCAAGUGUGUUUUAAUAAGAAAUCAACAUUCAAUACAUAAACAUAUUGCUUGCAAGGGUUUUUGGGAUUGUUGCUGUUAAGCGAUUUGGAUUAAUUGAUUUACAGUGUUUCUGAGAUUCAUUGACAUUGCGCACAGCUCCAAAAUGUGGAGCCCUCAAAAAGGUCCUACACGAUUGUGGGACCUUAGAUUUAGUCAUAUAUUUAUAUUACAUUUAAUGUUUAGUUUAGUCUUAGCUGGUAAUGAAUUGUGGCCCAUGGAACGGCCGGAGGGAAUGCCAAACAUAGUCUCUUUAGAAGUGAUGUGCGGUAAGGAUCAUAUGGAUGUACAUUUGACAUUUUCUCAUCCAUUCGAGGGCAUCGUCAGCUCAAAAGGACAACACAGCGACCCGCGUUGCGUUUAUGUGCCGCCGUCGACGGGCAAAACGUUCUUCUCAUUUCGGAUAUCAUACUCACGCUGCGGCACGAAGCCAGACUUACAUGGACAAUUUUAUGAGAAUACGGUGGUUGUGCAAUAUGACAAGGAUUUACUGGAAGUUUGGGAUGAAGCGAAACGUUUACGCUGUGAAUGGUUCAAUGACUACGAGAAGACCGCAUCGAAACCACCAAUGGUCAUUGCCGAUUUGGAUGUAAUACAAUUGGACUUCCGCGGCGAUAAUGUUGACUGUUGGAUGGAGAUACAGCAUGGUAAAGGUCCGUGGGCGCCGCCAGUGAGCGGUAUUGUGCCGUUAGGUUCUACACUUACACUUGUGGUUGCCAUCAAUGAUUAUCGCGGCGAAUUCGAUAUGCGUGUCAAGUCGUGCGUCGCUUCCGAUGGUUCCGGUCAUGUUAUCAAUCUUUCCGAUGAAUUUGGCUGCGUUUUGCGUCCGAAGAUGAUCUCACGCUUUUUGAAGGCACGUGCGCCCGAUGAGCGUGCCACCGUCAUAACAUAUGCCUUCUUCCACGCCUUUAAAUUCCCCGACGCGUUGAGUGUACACAUCAAAUGCAAAGUGGAAAUCUGCCGCCACGGUUGUCUGGAUCAUUGUCAGCUCACAGGCAGCGUUAACGAGCGUAAAGAUGUGCUAAUGAACGAUCCGCUGGGCAAUCAGAAUGAGCUCAGCCAAGAGAGUAUAGGGCAUGGUGGCUUGCAUGGUGGACAGCAACCAGCGCUAGGCGGUAUGCCUUUAGGUGGUGUUGGCGGCGGUGGUUUAGGUGGCGUUGGUGGAGGCGCGGGUGUUGCUAUGGGUGGCGAUGGUACCGGCGAUCAUGAUAUUUUCUACGAUGACAUUAUACACAACCGUAAACAGCUUUCGUCAAUUAAUAGUGGCAUAGCUAACAUAUUGGAUCAAUUUAAUAUGCACGAAAAGAAUGCUAACCUAUCGCCGCGACCCGUACAUGAAGAACCCGAAGAUUCGGAUCUCGACUCGUUAUUCGGCGAAGAUGAGUUGGCCGAAUUGGAUGAGGCGCAAUAUAUGGAAUUGAAAAAGAGCGGUAAAUUUCCACAUGGACCACGACAAUUUGAAGCACAAAAACGUAUGGGUGUGCCCAUGGCCGGACCACGUUCGCUAGAGCCCAAAACUAAUAACGAUGCGCCACAUCCAAUUUAUCGCCCACAAACGGAAGCAUUAAAACUCACGCGCGAAGAUCACAUUGAUCUCGAUGCAAGCGAAGAAUUGUUGAAACAAAAAGCAAAUAAAACCGCUGACAACGACGAACACGAAAAAUCCACACGCCGUCGUCGCCGAUCGAUCGUGAUUGCCGAUCGUAAGGUGCGUAGCGCAGAUGUUGGCGUUAGCGGUCUCUACGAUGUAAUCUCCGAAGCUGAUCUUGCCUUCUCGCCAGACUCCAAACAGGAAGCGGUCACUGUAUUCCAGGGUAAAAUAAGUGAAGAGGUCGUCUAUGGCAUCUGCAUGCCGGUACCUGGCUUCAGCAUACUGUUCAUUGUCGUCAUUUCGGCUACCAUUGUUUCGGCAUUAAUCGCCGGCUCGCUGCUCUAUCGCUAUCAAUUGCAAAAGGAGGCGCUCGAGAAGCAAACGCCAAUGCCGGCGCCUGGUACUUUCGCCUCAUGGAUGACUUUACGUCUCUUCCGCAUGCGUCACAUGCAAGAGCAACAACAGCGACAGCAAAUCGGUGGCGCUGUGGCAGCUGCGAGUGCGGUUGCGCAUGACACGGUACAGUAGAAGUAGAAGUGGAUGGGUGGAGGUGAAGGUAUUCGGUAGAGCGGAAGUAGUUAAAUGAAGUGUGCUUCAACAUCUAUAUUUUGAAAAAUCAAUAAAAAUUCUAUAAAAUAUUUAAAUUAAGCUUCCUGUACGCGCUGUAUGCGCUGAUGACAAUAGCUGGUAUCGAUGUGUCAACGACUGAAAGCACGCACACAAUGAGAACUUUUCAAAAGCUCAAAAUAAAAUAGCAAUUUCUUAGCUCUA